CUUCUCUAAUCUCUGGGGUGUCCAAACUCCAAAGUCCAAAGUGUGUGGUAUUUGUAUUUUAAUUAUGAAAUUAAAAGUGAAUAGGUAGGUUAUGUGGCACAAGAAAAGUAACUGAUCCUGAAGGAGACCAGACACCAGAGCAACAGAACAGAGAGUUAGCUGUCCAAAGAGGAAGAAAAGUUUUGAACAUUUUCAGACACUGCCAUGUGGGAAUCCAUUCUGUUGACGGUGGCUGCGACCGCCGGCAACAACAUCGGAAAGAUCCUUCAGAAAAAGGGCACUAUCAUUCUUCCCCCUCUCUCUUUCAAGCUCAAGGUCAUAAGGGCGUAUGCUUUAAACAAAACCUGGGUUAUAGGUUUUCUAAUGGAUAUAUUUGGGGCAUUAUUGAUGUUAAGGGCAUUGUCUCUGGCUCCAGUCUCUGUUAUCCAACCAGUUUCUGGCUGUGGACUAGCAAUUCUUUCAAUCUUUUCUCAUUUUUAUCUCAAGGAAGUCAUGAAUGCUGUUGAUUGGGUUGGCAUUACCUUGGCAAGUAUUGGCACAAUAGGAGUUGGUGCUGGAGGUGAGGAGCAAGAGGCGGUUGCUCUAUCUAUUUUUCAUAUACCAUGGCUGGCAUUUGUUGUUUUCACCUUGUUUAUAAUGCUUAAUGGGUGGCUUCGAAUAUGCAAGCAUCAGCGAAGAGAACAAGAGAUGAUGGAAUACGAUGUCGUUGAGGAAAUCAUUUAUGGCUUGGAAUCUGGUAUUUUGUUUGGGAUAUCAUCUGUUAUAUCAAAGAUGGGAUUUCUAUUUCUAGAACAAGGUUUUCACAAGCUGUUGGUUCCUAUGUGCAUCAUGAUCAGUAUGUGUUGUAGUGGUACGGGCUUUUACUACCAGACACGUGGUCUAAAGCAUGGGAGAGCUAUUGUAGUUUCUACAUGUGCAGCUGUGGCAUCAAUUUUGACUGGUGUACUUGCCGGGAUGCUUGCUUUGGGUGAGCGACUCCCUUCUGCCCCAAAAGCUCGCUUGGCACUUCUUCUUGGAUGGAUACUUAUUAUUGUGGGUGUGAUUUUACUUGUUGGUUCAACACGGCUAGUGAGGUUCCUUCAAUGUUCUUCACGACGAAAAAGAAGCAAUGUGGAUAAGAAUUUUGGUCCUAGAAGAUCCAGUUCUUCCCGUAUAAGGGAGACAAGUCCAAGUGCUGUCAUUCAAGCGGCAACAUUAAAUCAUUUACUAUCAUCAUCUUCCAAAGAAAAAGCUUGAGUUGACAUGAGUUGAAAAAUGUUCUUUCAUCCUUCACAUGAUUUCUAAGCAUUAAGUUGCUUUCUAAUCCGUCUGCUAAGGCUAGGGUGUAGUAUGUAUAUGUACAGUUGCUGCUGCAUCAGAGGGCAUGAAUACUUUUGGGAUCAUUCCUUCUGGCUCACAUAGUUUGGAUGAAAUAUUUGUUACACCUUAUAAAAACUGCUACUGAACUUGCACUAUUUUGGCUUUUGAGGAUUGUAUUUGACAGUAAAGAUGGCAAACCAACAAAUGGAAUUUGUUUUAUUUGCAGGGAAACAAAUUUUAAUA